UUUUCAGGGUCCAUGACCGCAAUCAAUGCGCUUUGCCACCACCAUCGCUCCUCGCUCGAUUCUCCAAGCUUCUGAAUUCUAACACAGAAACCCCGAUACCCCCUCUUCCCCUCUCUCCAUCUUUUCACCUUUCUGCUUGCGCGGUAUUGCUGCUGCAAACCUGGAAUUCACAGGGGCUUGAGAAAGUGCGAGAUCAAGUGCACCAAAUUCAUGGAGUGCGUGGUCCAAGGAAUUAUAGAAACACAGCAUGUUGAGGCCCUUGAGAUUCUUCUUCAGGGUCUUUGUGGUGUUAGCAAGAAAAAUUUGAGGGUCCAUGAGAUAUGCCUUAAAAAUGGCCCAAACCUUGGGCUUGUAGCAUCAGAGGUUCGACUUAUAUGCGAUAUUGAACAAAGUGAACAAACUGAACCAACAUGGACUAUAAGGCAUAUAGGGGGUGCUAUGAGAGGUGCAGGUGCUGAGCAACUUUCAGUGCUAGUAAGAUCCGUGGUUGAAAGCAAAACAAGCAAGAAUGUGCUUCGCUUUUUUUAUGCACUUGGAUACAAGUUGGACCAUGAGCUGCUAAGGGUGGGAUUCUCCUUCCAUUUCCAGAGGGGCACGCAGAUCAAUGUGACGGUGUCAUCAGUUAAUAAGAUGCUUCAACUACAUGACAUAGAUGCGGCUGUCCCUGUAACUCCUGGGAUACAGCUGGUUGAAGUAACAGCUCCUGCUACAUCUGAAAACUAUGCUGAAGUUGUUGCUGCAGUAUCAUCUUUUAGUGAAUAUCUUGCACCGGGUCCCAAUGGUCUAUCAGCAGUCAUAUUGGCCCAAAGGAUCCAAAUUGACCAUUUCUUCCAUGUUGGUUGAUCAUUUUGCUCCUGCAUUUGUCAAAACCGGGCACUUCAACUGGGGUUGUUCCUACUGCUGCUGCGGCUGCUGCAUCUCUUUUAUCAGAUGGUGGGGGUACGACCUUAUAAGCAGAAGUUGUAUAUUGCUUUGAUUUUAGUAUCUCAUGUCAAUGGUGAAUGAUAUAUCAUUUAUGCCAACAGAACUGCCUGUCAAACUUCGAAUUAACUCCCAAGUAGUUUUUCUUUCCAAUAACUAAAACUUUAGAUAGUUAUGUUAGUGACAGUCGCUCACACAUUGUUGUGAUAGUUAAUGGCAACCAUAGCUCUUUCUUUUGUUA